AUGGGGAAUCUUCGAAGUCGGCUGGACGAUAAGGCGGAGAUUAAGAGGAAGUACGAACUAGUCCUAAAGAUUUAUGAGGAGGAUAGGGUGAAUACCAUAAGGGACGCAACUACGAGGUACAAAGCUGCUGGCCGUGCCGCCCUUGCGUCAUGGUUGGAUUACAUGACUGAACCAAGACCAGACCCAGCAGACUUACUGAGGAGCGUUGGAUUUAACCCCGAGGUCCUCGGAUUGGAAUCACAGGAGCAAUGA